UUGCAAAAUGGCGGAACACGAUCUCACUGCCCGAAUGGGCUGUUUUUUAGAUCGACAUCUGGUGUUUCCCUUGUUAGAAUUUCUCUCUGUUAAGGAGAUUUACGAUGAAAAGGAAUUGCUCAAAGGGAAGCUAGAUCUUCUUAGCAACACAAACAUGGUUGAUUUUGCCAUGGAUGUAUUCAAAAAUCUCUACCCAGACCAAGAUGUUCCAGAAGAGCUUGUUCAAAAGAGAACAGAAGUUGUCACACAACUGAAAUAUCUUCAGGCUCAGACAGAACCCAUUGUGAAAUGUUUUGAGGAUCCAGAGUUUAAUAAUCAGAUGCAGACAACGAGAGACGGGCGACAACUGUUUGAAUACCUGGAAAAGAACCAUGGGAUUGAGCCAGAAAUGUUGGACACAUUGUACAAAUAUGCAAAAUUUCAAUAUGAGUGUGGAAACUACUCUGGUGCUGCGGAAUACUUGUACUUUUAUCGUGUACUUGUUCCUGGGAAUGAUGAUAGAAAUACCCUGAAUGCUCUUUGGGGCAAACUAGGUUCUGAAAUCCUCAUGCAGAACUGGGAAACUGCACUAGAGGAUCUGAACAGGCUAAAAGAUGUCAUUGAGAGUAAAAAUCAGGCUGGAACACUCCAACUGCUGCAAGAAAGAACAUGGCUUAUUCAUUGGAGCUUGUUUGUGUUCUUCAACCAUCCAAAAGGAAGAGAUUUGAUUAUUGAUUUGUUUCUCUACCAACCUCAAUAUCUCAAUGCAAUCCAAACCACAUGCCCCCACAUUUUGAGAUACCUCACCACAGCCGUCAUCACCAACAAGCGCAGACGAACAGUACUCAAAGACCUGGUGAAAGUCAUUCAGCAAGAAUCUUACACCUACAAAGAUCCAAUCACAGAGUUUUUAGAAUGUCUUUAUGUCAAUUUUGACUUCGAUGGUGCUCAGCAGAAGCUGAGAGAAUGUGAAACAGUACUGCUAAAUGACUUCUUCCUUGUAGCCUGUUUGGAUGACUUUAUUGAGAAUGCCAGACUGUUUAUAUUUGAGACAUUUUGCAGAAUACACCAGUGCAUCAGUAUAAGCAUGCUUGCUGAAAAGUUGAAUAUGACCCCAGAAGAAGCAGAGAGGUGGAUAGUCAAUCUAAUCAGAAAUGCAAGAUUGGAUGCUAAAAUUGAUUCUAAGUUGGGUCAUGUGGUUAUGGGUACCCAGGCCCCCUCUGUUUAUCAGCAAGUGAUAGAAAAAACUAAGGGAAUCAUGUCCCGCACUCAAGAACUGGCUCGUAACAUUGAAAAGAAACUUAACGUGGACAAGAUGGGAUAUGAUGGGGGUCCGUGGGAUGCGUACGACCCAUCUGGAUUCUUCAAGCCCUAAAACAACCUAAAAAAAAAAAACUUCAACUUUUUUAGCGCCAAGUUUGCGUGUGCGCCAUGUGCAGACUGUUAGUUCAUAGUACAAUGUAUUACAAAUCAUUGUUUAAUGAUCUCAAACCGGCACAAGAAACUUUAUAUACUCUUCUGAACUAAAAAUUACAUCUGGGGUAAGGGGUGCGGGAAAGGGCGUAAGGGGAAAGGGGGGUUAGGAAGAAGGCAGGGGGAGGUAGGUAUCUUGUAUGAGGGGGGGGGGUAGGGAUACUGACCCUUAAAAGAGACCAGUCUGGGCCCCAGUGCAUACUUUAUUUAACUCCUGAAUGAUACCACUUUACGAGAAAACAAGUUGUAGCUAGCCACUUGCGAAUGAAACAUAACAUUGCAACUCCAAAUGACACCUUGGUUGCUGAGAAUAUUGGCCUUUCGUCCUGAACUCCCUCAUGAAGACCAAAAAGAAGAAAAGAAGGGAGGGGUAACCUAGUCUACUCCACAGCUGUUCCUACGGAGGCAACAUCCUAUUAUCCCCAGACUGUGAGGAAGAAGACGGGAGGCGUUGCACUGCCGUCGAAAAAAUAUCACCACCUUCCCUGUAGUGUGAGAUUUCCCUCUACCCCCUCCCCUAGGUGUACAUGUGUCAGAAGAUUUACAGUUGAAAGUAUUUAUGAAUAAGUCUGUUUGAACUAUACGUAAAACUUGGUUAGCACUCUCAAAGUGCAUAACGAAUUAAUCGCGAAAAAUAGACAAAUAUACGUGGAGACUCCGCUC